CUCAUUACAAUGUAGUACAGGUUGCUCAUUUUUAUUUGUACCACAGCAUAGCUUCUUGUAACUUUACCAUGGAUAAUUAUAGUCCUUCCGCACUGGUCAGGAUUCUUCACAGCUUUCCACAUUUGACGUUUAAAUUUGUUCUACUUCAAAACCCUGCAUUUACCGUGGACAGUUCAGAAUACCUUGAGAGUUUGGCGAUUCUCGCUCUUAUGCCAAUUGUGAUACUUCUCCUUACUAUGAUUGGGUUUUUGUUCUAUUAUUGUUGUGUUGCUGUCAAGAGAGCGACACCUAACAAGAACAACAGUUCUGCUUGUUACUGUAGUGUCUGCAUGAUGACCACAUUUAUAAUGUUGACAUUAGGUGGUGUGAGUGUUGGAAUAUAUGGAAGCAUACAAUGCAAUGAAGGUAUGCGCUCUGCUAUUCAAUCAACAAAUGAAAUCAACCAAUCUUUUUCUACAAUAACAGAUGAUGUGCAAGACAUAUCUAUGUUACUUAGUGAAAUCAAUGCCCAAACAAAUCAACUGUUUGCUGUGGAAAUUGAUACAUCAGGAACACUUUCUGUGCAAGAAUCAUUGUCAGAGAUGAGUGAUAAACUUGAUUUUAACCUCCAACAAACUGAAGGAGCGAAUGAUAGGGUGGAAUGGACCAUUGAACUUCUGAGAGUCGUUGAAAACUACAGGACGAUUAUUACUUUCUCACUACUGGGAGUUAUUGGGCUCGUGUGUUUACUUGGCCUUGCUGGUGUUUGCUUCAGAUCCAAAUGCCUUCUUGUUACAACUACCUUCAUUGGAUUGAUGUGUCUUGUUAUAUGUUACAUAUACAUUGGAUGUGACUUUAUGGUGGAUGUGGCGGUUGGGGAUUUAUGUAUGGAUCCAUACACUUAUGUACGCGACCAAGCUGUCAGCAAACUGUACAUGAAUGAAGCAACUGCAAAUUAUUAUCUCAACUGUUCUCAAGAAAUAGGGAGUGUAGAUCCAUUUGCUUCAGUUGUGGAAGAAGCUUUGGACGUAGUCCAACAAUUCUCUUCUCUUAUUGAAAGCUAUGAUACUAACCAAGAGGAAAAAGUGAACAGUAUUAUGGCACUGAAUAGAGAUCUCACUACUGAGCUGAACUCCCUGUCUGGUCAUCUUGGAUGUAAAUCUGUAAACAAAGCUUUGGAUAAUUUCAUACCAGCCAUAUGCACGUCAACAUUUGAAGGGCUUUUUAUUCUCAUAUGUUCUGUACUUGGUUGUUGUCUUGCACUUACAGCUGUGCUGUGUGCUGCACCUAAAACUUGGAAGCGAUUUUCAAAGCAUUCUGGUAACAAUGACAGUGACCUUGACCUGGAUGACGUGUUUCUUCCUCCAACCAAUGUGGAGCAUCGUCCAGUGAUAAGUCGCACCAACAAUCCUCUAUAUGUUGCUCCUGAGGAGAGAUACUCUCGUCGCAUCAGCAGCAACCUUUCAACAACCAACCUUCCAGCUGCCACAAACACACUAAGCUUUUUCCGAAGAUCUGAGGAGAAUGUGAACUUGCUUGACCAGCAACCCCCUCCGUACUCCCCUCCUAAGCCCGGCUCCCGUUUCGCUCAGGACUGAUUGCAAGUUUUUAUCUGAACUGCUGUCACCUAACUAGCCCACCAAACAAUCCAAAUUUCAGUUUUUUCUUUGGUGUAAGCUGCAGAUUUUCACCCAGCAAUGCAAUACGAGUGCAAAACUAUUUUAUCAAAGUUGACUGUAAUCCGAACUUUCAGAUCUGCCGAUUCGUGUCUUUUCGUAUACCAUGUGUUGCAAAUAUUUUUGUUCAUGCUUACCUACAUUUGUGUGUCAUAUUUUUUUACGUAUAUCGUUUUUAUUUGCUUUGGUUGAUAUGGUCCGAUUUCUUAAUUUGUUACUGUAAAAUAUAUUCAUAUUUUAAUGCAUUUUUACCAAAAGAACUAAAUGUGGUACAUAAAGCUUUUAAAGUACUUUUAUCAUUUUGUAUUCACAGUAUUAUGUAAGUUUUAUUAAGCUUUAAAUGUGUUAUUUUUAAAUAUUACUUUUUAAAUAUUACUUUAAUUCAACAUUUUUUACAAAAUGCUGUACAAUUUAUAAUGGCAUUUUAUAAGGUGCUUUUUUAUAACAUUUGGUACUGCAUUACUUUAAAAAACCUAUUUUAAACUUAACAUCUUUUAAUUUUCACUAUUUAAUUGAUUGGGAAUCUAACGUUCGUUAAACAUGGUUAUUGUUGGUGUUCAUUUGGUUGCAAGCCCAUUCUUGGUUUUGUUGAAAUAAAACAAGUUCAGUUUA